AUGGACUCAGAAGUCUACACCUCCAACGUCGCGUUCGGGACGUCGGUUCACGAGCUCAAAGCGGAGCUCGCGAAAGUUCUUCACGCUCCCCCCUUCCUGUCACCUACUACCGCAAGCAAGUUUAACUUCGAAGUGCACCUAUUUCCCUCGAAGCGGAAGGGCGCGUCUCAAAGCGCCGCGCUCACUCUACCCACAGAGGAGCUGGCAAACCAGUUCUUACACUGGUACGGCCGGCCCUCCCCCCAACUCUCCCUUUACCUCGGAUCUUCUCGCAUCCAGUUCCAGAAGAGUCACAAAACCGCACGUCCGGAAGUCGUGGAGCGCAUCCGCACGUUGCCUUACGAGGAGCCUCGAGUAUCCUACGCGCGAGAACGCGAAUCUGAACGUCUGCGAGACAGCUCCGUCCGCGUCACCACCAUCCAAUUUGGUCGAGAGUGCCGCGAUCAUGUAUACUCCGUCGAAUGGGAGAAGAUCUGCGAUGCUCACAUCGUCUUCGACGAAGACAGGCGAGAGUUUCGUGUGAAAGUUCGUGGUGAUGACUUGGACGACACUCGCAUCAUUGCCAUCCGUGCAUCCCAAAUCGCAUGGGUCUCCACUAGUAUUCAUCAGCCGUCCGGGAGUCCCGUCAUCUUCUUCUCCCUCGACUACCCUCCCUCUUUCGAAACCGAGUCUGUCCUCGCGCCUUUAUCCACCUCAAACUUGUCGCAUACGACUCCGCGCCAACGAUGGACGGCAUUCGAUGAGAGUCACGAGGCAAUUGCUCCCUACACCUCCUUGGCCAUUCGGCUCGAGUGCGCCUCUGAGGAGGACCUUGGGACCUUCCGAUCCUUCGCACGUGCGGUGCACACCCCAGUGUCAAGCUAUUCCUACCCAAUCGAACGCCGGGAACUAUUCACAGCCAGAAGGCGCGAGCUGUACGAGUUAUGGCUGGCGGGACUACCCUGGAUGGUUGCGUUUCACCUCGAGGCGUUGGUACGUUCAUGGCUAGUCGACAUGACGGAGAUCCUCUUGCUGCGCCGUCCCAUCGACCGCAUCUUACGUGAUCGUCCCCUCGGAUACACUGUUGAACGACAACGCGAGUAUGUAGCCGCCCUCCUCCGAGAGCUGCGCGCACGGGCGAAGGAACUAUACUGGUAUGGCGAGGACCAGCACCGUUCCAGUGACGGCGUCAUGACGCAGCCCCCGCUCCGAUCGAGUAUCGGUAUCGCUGAGCUCUUCGAGCAGGUCCGGGUUCAAUUCGUCCAUAAACCGCUCACUUCAUUCGCCGCGGGUGAUACCUCUGCCCCCUUCAACUGUCUUCGUCUCACAGUCACGCCCACUACCAUGAUACUCGAGGGGCCCUUCCCGGAGCGGUCCAAUCGAGUCAUGCGGAAGUAUUACCACAGCCAAGACUGCUUCCUGCGAGUCAGCUUCCAGGAUGAGAACCGACUUCAAUAUCGGUUCAACCGCGAGGUGGACGGGCGUCGUUUCAUCGACCUCCGCGUGAAGCGCGUUCUCCUUGAAGGUAUCAGGAUCGCCGGGGCGCAUUUCCGGUUCCUCGCGUACUCUCAGUCCGCUCUCAAGGAGCACGCUGUAUGGUUCGUAAAGCCGUUCAGAUACCGGGACUCCCAUCAAAAUGUCCACUUUGUCGACGCCACGACCAUCAUCCAGAGCCUAGGUCAAUUCCACAAUCUCCCGUUCGACCCUACCUUGAUGAGGUGUCCCGCCCGAUACGCUGCUCGCAUCUCCCAAGCGUUCACUGCCACCGACGCUGCAGUAUCCAUGGCCGUCGGCGUGGUUUAUAUGGGUCGCGACAUCAAGGGUCGGAACGGGAAAGAUGUCUUCACUGACGGUGUCGGUACUCUUUCGCCUAUGCUUGCCGAAUCAAUCUGGAAGGCCCUCCAGAGCAGAAGUGGCAAGACAAGAAAAGGCAAGACCUACCCGCGGGCCUUUCAAGUCCGCUUCCAGGGCUCUAAGGGCAUGUUGAGCGUGGACUACAAGCUCACGGACAAUGCUAUCAUGCUCCGCCCUUCUAUGAUCAAAUUUGACGACUCGAAGUCUGCAAUAGUGGAAGUGGCGAGGGCCUUCGAUAGGCCCGGAGCAUACUACCUGAAUCGCCCCCUGAUCAUGCUCCUUGAAGGUCUCGGCGUGCCCUACACCACUUUCAAGAAGCUCCAAGACGAUGCCGUACGCGAUGCGCAGACAUCCGUCACCUCUCUAAAGCUGUCUGCCAAGCUGUUCGAAGACCACGGACUUGGUGUGUCUUUCCGUAUCGCACCGGUGAUGCUCGGCCUACACAAGCUCGGUCUGGGCCCACUCGACGACGAUAUCUUUUGGAGGCAGAUGAUGGACUUCGCCGUCAACCACGUACUCCGGGAGCUGAAGCAUCGCGCGCGGAUACCCGUGCCCGGCACCGAUAGCUGGACCCUCGUCGGGGUCGCCGACAUCCAUAGGGAGCUGAAGGAAGGGGAGAUUUUCGUGUGCGUCGACUCCCCGAAAGAGAAGGGCCUCAUCUUCCUGGAAGGACCUUGCGUCGUCUCGCGAUCGCCGACCAUCCACCCUGGAGAUGUCCAGAUCGCAACCGCAAUUGGCAGGCCGCGGCCCGGGUCGCACUACGAUGUGGAGUCGCUCAGAAAUACCGUGGUCUUCUCUACCACCGGUUCUCGACCGUUACCUUCUUGCCUAGGAGGUGGCGAUCUCGACGGAGAUGAGUACAACGUAACGACUCGGCCCGAUCUCAUGCCCAAGAGGACGUAUGACCCAGCGUCCUACGAGCCCGCUCCGAGGAAGAUGGUGGACCACGAGAGCACCAUGGACGACGUCGCAGAAUUUGUCGCGGAGUUCAUCAGCAGCGACACCCUUGGCAUCAUCGCUACAAACUGGCUGAUCACUGCGGACCAGACCAACGAUACCGACGGCAUCUUAAAUCCCGAUUGCUUACGUCUCGCCGAACUCCAUAGUCUCGCCGUCGACUACGCGAAGACAGGGCAGCCUGUUCCGAUAGAGCAGAUCCCGCGACCCCCGCUGCGAAUCAAACCCGACUGGAACGCGCCUGAGACGCACAGUGGGAAAAAUAGUUUGUCGUUCUACCGGAGUAUGACAGCCGUUGGGAAACUCUUCCGCGCCAUCGACUUGCCUGCCGUACAGACGGCGGAGCGAGCGGUGCGUUUCCAGCGCCGAUACAUGAACCAGGAGGACCAGCUGGCCGACGUCCAAAAUCAGUUCGCCUACACCAAGGUGCCCAGAGACAAUGUGGUGGCUCGGACUGUCCAGAGGCGCGUCUCUGAAUUCAUCAGCACGAAUACACACGACGACAUGACGAUCAAGGACAUCUGGGAGCUGUACAACUCGUAUAUCUCUCAGUUACGGGCUAUAUGUGCCGACUUUACGCUGUCCCCUUCGCGGUCCGCGAUGAUAUCUGAGGAAGAGGUUGUAGUCGGCACCAUAGUUGCGAAGUGUUCUCAGCGUCGGAAGAGGAAGGACCAGAUGUCGCAGAUGAGAGAGCAGACAGCGACACUCGUCGACAGCAUGCAAUGCGGCAUCGCGGGCGACGAUGGCGUUGCCUCUGACCAGUCGCUUUACCGGGCAUGGGUCGCGUACCGUAUUGCGAUCAUGGAGCACAACGCGUUCGGGGCACGGAGUUUCGCGUGGAUCGCCCUGAGCAGUAUCUUCGACGCAAUCAAGGACAUAGAAGUCGAGGAACGCACCACAUCUCGACGGUGA